AUGCCCGCAAAAGCUCCCGCACCGGUCUAUGUCCUCGGCGUCGGCAUGACCAAAUUCUUGAAGCCCCGAGGGAAGGUGGACUACCCUGAGAUGGGGUAUGAGGCCGGCAUCAAAGCCAUGCUCGAUGCACACAUUAACUACGACGAUGUGGAACAGGGGAUUGCUUGCUACGUGUACGGAGACAGUGCAUGCGGACAGCGUGUAUUCUAUCAAUUUGGCAUGACGGGGAUCCCAAUCUACAAUGUCAAUAAUAACUGUGGAUCGGGAGCAACCGGUCUGGCAAUGGGCCGAAAUGCUGUCGCAUACGGCCAGGCGGAUUGUGUGCUCGUCGUUGGAUUCGAAAAAAUGAUGCCUGGAAGCUUACCCACAAUCUGGAAAGACCGAGCUUCGCCAUUAGGAAGGUCAGCCGAAAUGGUCAAGAAGACAAAGGGCUCUAUAGAAGGCUCUUUUGCACUUCGCAUGUUCGGCUACGCAGGAGAGGAAUAUAUCGAGAAUUACGGAGCCUCGCCUCGGGACUUUGCGGAAAUUGCGCGAAUCAAUCAUCGGCACUCGAAGCACAAUCCGUAUGCCCAGUUUCAGGAUGAAUACAGCUUAGAGCAAAUCCUCGAGUCCCCUAAAAUGGGGGGCCACUUAACGAAGCUUCAAUGUUGCCCCACCAGCGACGGAGCUGCCGCCGCGGUUCUUGUUUCUCAGGCGUUUCUCGAUCAGAGACCUGAAUUGAAAUCUCAAGCCAUCCUGAUCGCGGGUCAAGGCUCAGCAACCGACCGCCCUGAUCUGUUCGCCGGGAGCCUUGAGUCGGCCGCUGGGAGCAGUAUUACCAAAGCUGCAGUGAAAACUGCCCUAGAUCAGGCUGGCCUGAAAUCUGUCGACGAAAUCAAAGUGUGCGAGCUGCACGACUGCUUCGCACCCGCUGAAAUGCUCGCACUCGAAUCACUGGGGUUCGCAGAGAAAGGAAAGGCAUUUGAAUAUGUCCGCCGAGGAGAUAUCACCUAUGGUGGCAAAACGGUAGUCAACCCGUCCGGAGGUUUGCUUUCCAAAGGACACCCCUUGGGAGCAACUGGAUUGGCUCAGUGCGCAGAGCUCGUUUGGCAGUUACGCGGCUGGGCUAACAACAGGCUGGUCGAAGGCGCACAUGCUGCCCUGAGCCACAACGUUGGUAUGGGAGGAUUUGGUGUGGUCACGGUGUACAAGAGAGCCGACGGGAAGCAGGCCACGGCUGUGGAUAGCGCUGAUGUUGCCCGUCUUUCUGGGGUGGGGUAUAAUCCAGCCGUCGAGGCGAGAGGCUUCACUGAGGCUCAGGCCUCACUGGUCAGAUCCAAGUCUUCGCGAUGUGAUUGGGCCAUAGACGAAAGCCAAAAGAAGGUGGAGUCUCACUUCUAG